UUGGACUGGUGCUACAACCCUUUGGGCGACAGGGCCUACGGUCUUGGCGGGCUUAGCUCGGGAAGAACCCGUGUGUGGCGAGCUGCAGGAUCUUCCAGGCCAACUGGGGUCCGGGUCGGUUCAACAGAUGUUCCCUCAGCAGCGCCUGUUCUGUGCCGGCCCCUGCGUUCGCUGCGGGAACUCAGGUGAACCAGGCACCUUUUCGUGGUGUUUUCGGAGGAACUGACUGUUGGGGAGACCGAAGGAGGAGUCAACAGCGGUCUUAAGUGAUUUGGGGGCUUAAAGGAGCCACAUCACUAGCUGAAAAGAGGACCUGGAAGCGCAAACAUAACAUGUGCAAAAGUGUAUUCGGGUCUUCUUGUCUGGGCAGUGGUGAAAAUCUCAAUAUGGAAGGAGCUCAGAUGAAAAAUCGAGAAAAGAUAACGCCUUAAAAGAUGAUUGUGACCAUGGCUGCUGAAUCCGAUGUCCUGCAUUUCCAGUUUGAACAGCAAGGAGAUGUAGUCUUGCAGAAAAUGAAUCUCUUGAGACAGCAGAAUUUAUUUUGUGAUGUGUCAAUUUAUAUUAAUGACACCGAGUUCCAGGGGCACAAGGUGAUUUUAGCUGCUUGCUCCACUUUCAUGAGAGAUCAGUUUUUACUUACGCAGUCAAAACAUGUCAGAAUCACCAUCUUGCAGAGUGCAGAAGUUGGCAGAAAACUGUUGCUGUCUUGCUAUACAGGAGCACUUGAAGUUAAAAGGAAAGAGCUUUUGAAAUAUUUGACUGCUGCUAGUUACCUGCAGAUGGUUCACAUUGUGGAAAAGUGCACAGAAGCUUUGUCAAAGUAUCUGGAAAUUGAUCUUUCUAUGAAAAAUAACAAUCAGCAUACCGACCUGUGUCAGUCCUCUGAUCCAGAUGUUAAAAAUGAAGAAGAAAAUUCAGAUAAAGACUGUGAGAUAAUUGAAAUUUCAGAAGACAGUCCCAUAAACGUAGAUUUUCAUGUAAAAGAAGAAGAAAGCAAUGUUUUACAGUCUACAGCAGAGUUGACAUCAGAGAGGAAGGAAAUGAAGUCACCAGAGCUGUCUUCAGUAGAUAUUGGUUUUAAAGAUAACGAAAUUUGUAUCCUCCAUGUGGAAUCUAUCAGUACUGCCGGUGUAGAAAAUGAGCAGUUUUCACAGCCUUGUACCUCUUCAAAAGCAACCAUGUAUUUCUCUGAAACACAGCAUUCACUGAUCAAUUCUACAGUUGAGAGCAGAGUGGCAGAAGUUCCUGGGAAUCAAGAUCAGAGCUUAUUCUGUGAGAAUACUGAAGGAAGUCAUGGUACAGUGAAUGAGAUUCAGAACCUGGAGGAUGCUUAUUCACUGAGGCACCAGUGCCCCAGGUGUCCCCGAGGAUUUCUUCACGUUGAAAACUAUCUGCGCCACCUUAAGAUGCAUAAACUGUUCUUGUGCUUACAGUGCGGGAAAACAUUUACACAGAAGAAAAAUCUCAACCGGCACAUUCGAGGGCACAUGGGCAUACGGCCCUUUCAGUGCACUGUGUGCUUGAAGACCUUUACUGCCAAAAGCACACUUCAGGACCACUUGAACAUACACAGUGGAGAUCGCCCAUACAAAUGCCACUGUUGUGACAUGGAUUUCAAACACAAAUCUGCCCUCAAAAAGCACUUAACCUCUGUCCAUGGCAGAAGUAGUAGUGAAAAACUACCCAGGCAUGAUCUCAAAAGGCAAAAUCUACUAUAAUUAGAACCACACCUUGCUAUGUAAGCCUUGUAUCGUUCUGUUAGGCAAGUUUUUCUAUAGAAAUGCAGCAGUAUAGUUAUACUGCAUUCCCUUCCUCCCCCCAUCUUUGGGUCUUAAUUUUGGUCUGCCUACACGUGUUAUUCUUUCUAAACUUCUACGAACAGUUCCAAAGUGUGGGAGACAUGAUAAAGCUAAUGGGAUGCUGUCUUAUCUCAUGUAUUAUAUGUAAGUCCCAGUGGUAUAACUAGAGAAAUAAUGUUCCUGUCUUAAAUAUUCUUGAUUCCAGUGACAGAGGAUCCAGCAGUAUUUCUAGGUUCUGAUUUUGAGUCUCUAGAUAAAUGAUAUAAGUGUAAAAUCCCAACCAUAUAAUAAUUUUUAGGAAUUAGGAUAACAGGAAGAGAAAAUAACUUAAAAAAACCCGCUAUGAUCCAUUAUUAGUUCUUUGUAGAGCUAGUGAAAUAUAUAUAUAUAUAUAUACACACAUAUACAUAUAUGUGUGUGUGUAUCUAUAUAUAUAUUUACAAACUACUGUUGGAUUCUUAACUAAGUACCAAGGUACUUGUUUUAAACUGUAAGGGAACACACUUCAAAUUCACUUGGAAGUAGCGGAAUUUCCUUGUAUGUGGGCUAAUCUUAAAAUGAUGUUUCCAUGACUUGUUAGUAUACAUAAUUUAGAAGUGACUAAUUGGGCCCAGGUUUCUCAAUUUUAUUUAACAGAGUUGUAUUUAGUAAUUUUAUGACCAGUGAAAUUAUACCAUUGGCAUGAAACUCUGAAAAAUUUCUUUUAGAAAUUCCAAUUUUGGGGCACCUCGGUGGCUUAGUCAGUUAAACAUCUGACUUCAACCCAGGCCAUGAUCUCAUAGUUUGUGAGUUC